AUGACUCCCCGCAGACCCAAGGUCGUCACAAUUUCGCCGCCCAACUGGGCGGACCCUGAAUAUCUGAAGGAGUUCGAAUCCAAAUUCGAGGUCCAUGUUUCUGAGGCAGGCGACAGACCAACCACAAUCAAGAACCUGGCUGCAAAAGUGGCUUCGGACGGGCCUUUCGACGCAAUCUGCAUUCUGAUGGGCACAAAGCCGUACGAGCCGUUUGAUGAGGAGCUGCUGAAGCCACUGGUGCCUCAAUGCAAACUCAUGACCUCCGCCAGUGCGGGCUACAAUGAGUUCGACGUUGACUGGAUGUCGCGUAACGGCAUUACCUUCUGUAACAGCCGUAACGCCGUCAACGAGUCUACUGCGGACCUGGCCAUCUUCAUGAUGUUGGGCGUGAUCCGCGACGUCCAGCGCCUGCAGACCAGUGUCGCCAAUGGAAACUGGAGAGGAGGCCUCGUGCCCGCGCGCGACCCAUGUGGCAUGAAACUGGGCCUCGUGGGCAUGGGAGCUAUCGGCAAGCACGUUGCCCGCAAGGCAAAGAUGUUCAACAUGGAGAUAAUCUACUACCAACGCACACGCAUGCUGCCCGAGGAGGAGAAGAUGUACGAUGCGAAGUACUGCUCGACACUGGACGAGCUUUUAUCGACGUCCGACAUUGUUUCCUUGCACUGUCCUCUGAACAAGAAUACGGAAGGCAUGAUAUCGCACAAGGAAUUUGCAAAGAUGAAGGAGGGAGUCUUCUUCAUCAACACCAGUCGUGGACCUCUCGCCAACGAGGAAGCGUUGAUUGAAGCUCUAGAAUCGGGCAAGAUUUGCCGGGCCGGUCUGGAUGUGUUCCAUGGCGAGCCCAAGAUCAAUCCGUACUUUAUUCGAAAUGACCGCGUUAUCAUGCAGCCGCAUAUGGGUGGAAUCACGGAUGUUGCAUGGAACCGAGCGUACCGAGAAGCGCUCGAAAAUGUUCGAGCAUUUUUCGAGACAGGAAAGGCGAUCAGUCCGGUGAACGAAGCAGAUGUGAAGGCGCAUGCAGGCACAAAUGGCUCCUCGUAG